GGGGGGUUGCGGCGGCGUUCGUUCCUACUCCGACGAGGGGAGGCGCGCGUGUGCGUGGGGGGCCACGAUGCGAUGCGCGGCAGCGAGGAGAGGCGCGCGGGCGUUGCUAUGUGAGCUCAGCAGCGGAGCCGGGGUGAGGCGGCGGGGAGGUGAGCGCGCGGCGGAGCCGAGGCGUGGCGAGUGGAUGCGGCGGGAGAGAGAGAGAGAGAGAGGAGAGAGAAUGGAUGGACCUGGAGGCUUGACCCCACCAGCCAGCGACCUGACGGCUAUCGAUAUCCUUAAUCUGACGGCUGCAGAUCGGCUGUGCCGCGAUCGCACGGCUGUCGAUACCCCCUGUUCGUGUCAGAGUGUCACUCGCAUCGCAUCAUCACCAAAGAAACCCUCCCUUCGCCGGCGCCGCCGCCCUCCGGCCUAGGCAUUCGUCCGUUCACCGGAUCACGCCGCCUCGAGUCCUUUGCUCGCAGUCGCCGGCGUUCGUCCUCCCCCCCUGUUCCUGACCGACGUGGAUCCGGGAUCCUUCCGGACUCGGGUGGUUUGCACUUACCUUGGUUAGGAGUGCUCUGCUCAGGAUUCCAUCUUUCUUUGCAGUGAGAGUGAGCUAUCGAGUCCCACUCUUUCUCCCUCUCCAUCCAGUUAGUUGCCGAUUUGAUUGCUCUGUGGUACCCUGCUAGCCUAACCCCAUCCAUCCAUUGUUCCCGUUCUUCUUCUACUUGUUCCAAGAACCGGGUGCGUUUUUAACUGAACACUCAUGCCCGGCGUUAGCACUUAACUUCCACCCGGGCAUUGGCAAUGAGGAGCUUGUUUCAGGCGUGCCACCGCUACCGCUGCCUCGCGUUGGUUUCUGGCGCUGCCGAAGCUUCCUUGCCUGACAAUGGCUGCGGGCCAUGGAUGAGGCAAUGCGCUCUUGCUUUCCGGUAUCUCUCCUCAAGCACUAGUUCCAGCAAGAUUCUGCCUUGGGAAGCACCGUCCCGUGAAACUCUGUUGAGGAAGAUAGACGGUGCUAUGAAGGAUGGCAAUAUCGAUGAAGCGCUGCAGGCAUUUGGCAGUUACAAGAAACUGCACGGUCUUCCUGAGCCACGCGUACUGAACAGCAUGAUCAUGUCGUUGUCCUAUGCAUCUAGCCGGAGGUGGCUUCAGAGGGCAUUUGACAUGGUUCUCUCAGUUAAUCAAAUUAACAUCAAUCUUCUUAAUGGUGGCUCGCUGAUGCGGUUAGCAUUGGCGCUUGCGAGAGAUCAGAUGCCUGUUCCGGCCUCCACGGUCCUGAGGAUCAUAUUGGAGAGUGGAAAGCUUCCUGAUGUUGAUAUGCUGAGCAUGGCGUUUCUGCAUAUGGUGAAGUCACAGAUGGGAUCCUAUCUUGCUGCUGAUGUUCUGGCUGAGACUUGUGAGUGUUUCUUGGGCCAUAUUACAGAUAGACGGCAACUGAAAAGAUUGGAUCCAAUAAAGAACAAUGUCACCUUGUUCAAUGUGGUUUUGGAGUCAUGUGUGAACUUCAACUGCAUGAUCAAGGCCCAGAAAAUAAUGGAGCUAAUGUCAUUGAUCGGAGUUGUGGCUGAUGUAAACACAGUGGUGAUCACUAGCCGUGUCUUUGAGAUGGUUGGCCAACGAGAUGAGUUGAUGCACAUGAAAAGAAGCAUAGACUCUUUAACAAAUUUGCCAUUUCUUCAGUACUAUCAGCAUUUUUAUGACAGUCUAUUGAGUAUGCACUUCAAAUAUAAUGACAUGGAUGCUGCUGCAAAAUUGUUAAUCGAUCUGCAUCGGCUACGAAAGCCUGGUGUUUUCUUCAGCAGUGGUUUACAGAAACAAGCUAUGAUACAAAUUGGCUCUGCUAAUCUAAAAACAGGAUAUAGAAUAAUGUUUGACCCCAGAAAAGUGGACAAAGGUUUUGUUUUGGAUACAGAAAGCAAAUUCAGCCUGGUUAUUCUUAUUGAUGGAAAUCUUCUUCAUAGUGAAAAGGCUCUUGCAAAACUUAUUAUAGGCUGUGUGAAAGCAAGGAAUAUGCAUACACUGUCUAGCUUUCUUAUUACAUUACAUAACGAAGAUCUAAACGGAAUUUCUCCUCUGGAUGUGAUCAAUGCAUGCAUUCAGAUGGGAUGGUUGCAUGCUGCUCAUGAUAUCCUGGAUGAUCUAGAGUCAACCGGGAUCCCCGUCGGGAUUAGUAGUUACAUUUCUCUUCUGAGAGCAUAUGAGAAGGAGAAUAAAUCAGAAGAAUUCAAUGGGCUUCUCCAACAGAUACAAAAGAUAGCAUCUACCAUGGAUGAUAUUCAUACUAAUUCGUCAUUCACCAUAAAGAAUAUUGCCAAAAUAGUGAAGGAUGAUAUGCCCCUCAUUUAUUCAUCUUUGUUUGCCACUUUGGUCAAAGAAUUUGAACAUUACAACCCUGGAGACCACUUGACACUAGAGUUCAAUAAUUCAAUUCUUUUCUUCUGCAAGGCAAAAAUGAUGGAAGAUGCUCUGUGCACAUAUAAGCGCAUGAGAGAGCAAAAUAUUAGGCCCACUUGUCAUACUUUUUGCCACAUACUGUGUGGUUAUUCUUCAAUGGACAUGCAUAGGGAGAUCACCAUACUUUGGGGAGAAAUAAAGCGCAGACUUGAAUAUGGUGAGCUAGAUGUGGACAUGGACUUGCUUGACUGCUUGGUUUUGAAUUUCCUUAAAGGUGGAUAUUUUUCAAGGGUCAUGGAGGUCAUAGGUUAUAUGUCAAACCAUAAAUUUUACUGUGACAAGUGGAAGUACAGGCAUGUCUUCCUGAAGCUACAUAAGAAUCUGUAUAGAAAUUUGAAUUCGUUGCAUGAUAAAACAGAAGCUCAGAGCAAAAGAAUUGAACAUGUCCAAGCUUUUAGGUCAUGGGCAGGCAUUAAGUAGAUAGGCCUACUGACCAAAUUAGCCCCUUAAGUUUGGCAAAAGGGUCACUUUUGUCCUUAAGGUUUGAUCCCUCACACUUGCAAAUUGAACCGAAGACACCCUUUGGCAACUUGUCGGUCGAAGCAAUGCGCAUGACUUGCCAGUUGCCACCUGGACCUGAGCAUCACAUGGACAGUAGCACUAGGCUAGGCUUGAGAAGGCGAAGAGGUGUUGCGGCACUGGGCUGGGCUCUCUUUGGAGCAGGAGCUUCAGUGCUAGGGUCACGGCGAAUUUUGGCAUGUGGGCGGCAGUGUAGUUGCCCCAUGGAAUCCAGCAAGCCGUGGUGCUAGCUGAGCUCAACUUGUGUGUGCGGCUGUGUGCGCAUGGUGGAGUUGACAUUGGAUUGAUGUCAUUUGAGUUUUUUGUAUGUUUCAAUCUGUGGCAUUAAGGUGCAACUUCUGGAUAGAAUUUGAAUUCAGUCGCAGAGCAAAGAGAAUCAUGGAGGGAGGAAAGGAGGAAGUCAUGCAUGAAGUUGAAUUUGAGGACAUUGCAUCUAGAAUUUGUACAGUAAUUCUCUGUUCUUCUGUUAGAUGUGUUUUAGGACCUUGUACGAAAAUGCUGAAAACUUAUUUUCCUACAUGUAUUACUUCUUAGCGCUAAGGAUUGCGCACAA